AUGAGUUUGAGUGCUUCCGUGAUGAAGCUGAUUUUUAUGGACAUCGAGCGAGCUCAAAUUUUGGUCGGUGAUAUUUGGGCCUGCUACAAAGGAAAAGAUCUCGGUGAGUUCAAUGACAUUGAUAUAAUAACAAUGUUCGCGGAUUAUAGAAUACCUCAAGUACUUUUGCAUUUUGGUGCCAUGAGAUAUAGUAACCCACUAUUGAGUACUCUCCAAACUGGAACGGAAUUAACACCAGGCUGCAUAGAAGAAAUCGAAAUCCGCGGAUGUUCUAUCGAAGUAAUCGAGCGCGUAGUCGACAGAGUGAGAAAUUUAAUAAAACAGUAUCCGAAUUUGAACAUAAAUCCGUUCAGUUGUAAUUCAAUCGUCGUUGAUCACUUCCUCUGGGAUUAUCGGCGAAAGAACGCCGAGAAACUAGAAAGUAUACCCUUCCAUCGCACCCGAUCAAUUUAUUACUAA